AUGGAGAAACUCAACGAAGAGGUUCAACACCUAGGAGAAGCAAUUGCGGAUGAGCCAAGGAACUGCAGUGUUGAUGAUGAGCAGGCCGUCUUGUUUAGACAGUUUUCAGCAGCGAGCUUGGAUUGGCAUCGUGAGAUAACGAAGAGGCUUACUAAGAAAGUCGACCUUCAUCUGCUUCCGAUGCUGAUGUUGAUGUAUAUGCUCAACUUCCUUGAUCGAAACAACCUUUCACAAGCCCGUCUUGGGACGUUAGAAGAUGACCUUGGCAUGACGGGCACAGACUUCAACCUCGCAACGAGCAUCCUGUUCGUCGGAUACAUCCUCAUGCAGCUUCCAUCAAAUCUUCUGAUAACCCGAGUGUCGCCCUCUGUCUAUCUAGGGGUAGCUAUGACGAUCUGGGGAGCUAUAUCUGCGGCUCAGGCGGCGACUCGCACGUUUGCUUCUCUAGUCAUCUGUCGGUUUUUUCUUGGCUUUGCGGAAGCGCCAUUCUUCCCAGGUGCAAUCUUCCUAAUGUCAAGUUGGUACACUCGGCCCGAGUUGGCCCUUAGGAUCGCAUGGUUCUACUGCGGGCACUCGGUGGCGAACGCUUUUGGAGGUCUCUUAGGCGCUGGGGUUCUGGGAAAUUUGAACGGCGCCCAUGGCAUCGCUGGAUGGCGAUGGCUUUUCAUAAUCGAGGGUAGCAUAACGGUAUUUUCUGCCAUCUGCUCGGCCUUCAUUUUGCCAAACUACCCAGCUACGACGAAAUGGCUAUCUCCAGAAGAACGCGCGUACGCGCAGUGGAGGCUUGUCAAAGACGCGGGAGAGGUGGAUGUGGCCGACGCCUCAUCCAUCAAAGAAGGGGUAAUGCUGGCACUGCGCGACCCACGCCUCUACCUAUUCACAUUGCUGCAGCAUGCGUCACUCCUUUCUCAGACCUUUCAAUAUUUUUUCCCAACCAUCCUGCAGACUUUAGGAUACGGCAACAUCGAGACCCUGCUCCUAACCGUACCCGUCUGGGUAGUAUGCUUCUUGGUUUCCUUGGUCGUGACGUAUACAUCCGGGCGCUUCGCAGACCGCAGCAUUCAUAUUAUAUGCUUGAUACUGAUUUCUGUCGCGGGCAACAUUAUUGUAGUGGCCACGCUCAACAAUGCAGUUCGUUUCUUCGCUUUAUUCCUCUUGCCGAUGGGUGCGGUUCCUGCUUAUCAGAUCCUUCUCGCCUGGGUAGCUAACAGUUUUCCACGCCCUCUGGUCAAGCGCAGCGCCUGCAUUUCCUUCGCCAACAUGAUCGGAAACUCGGCCAAUAUCUAUGGCACUUACAUGUAUCCAUCCAGCGACGGGCCUCGAUACCUUGCUGGUGGAAGCGCCACAGCAGCCGACGCGCUCCUUGUUGCCGUCUUAGCUAUUAUCGCGAGGCUUGUGUUGCAGAGACAAAACAGGAAAUUGGCUGCCCGCGAGGCCUCCGAGUCGGACGAGCUCCAAGCGCAGUCCGAUAACCCAAAUACAACUACUCCAGCUGGCUUCAGGUAUAUACUCUAG